ACGACGCUGUCUGUUGCUCCUUCUCCCUGCCAAGGAAGGAGGGCUUACCCGUCAGCGCUUGCAGGGGCGGGACUGACAGAUGUAGCGCGAGGAAGUUUCCAAGCAGCGCCAGGCCGGGUUUCCUUCACUGUUGCCUUGCCGCCAUUAUGCCAGAUCAGUCUUACUGUGAUCGUUUACAACAAGACAUGGCUUUUCUAACAAGUAAUGGCAGACUCAGUGAGCAGUUGGUUGACAGAAUUAUCCUUCAGUUAAACAGAGUUUAUCCUCAAAUUCUUACCAAUAAAGAAGCAGAAAAGUUUCGAAACCCAAAAGCUUCCCUUCAUGGUCGGUUAUUGAGUCUGAUAGCUUACUUGCAGAAGAAAGGUGACAAGCCCUGUCAAGAGUUUUACCGUGCUUUACAAAUCAAUGCUGAACAGCUGUAUAACAACUUGCCAAGCAGGAAAAUCCUAAAAACCUCAGAUUCCACAGGGAUGAAUCUUGAGAAAGAGAAAUGUAUUCUAAAUGACAGGGGGCCUACAUUCUUCCUUGCUUGUUUCAGUGUUGCAGCAGGAUUAGCAUUCGUCAUGUACUACUCUAACCCAGAGUCAAAAAUUCUAGGAGGAGCCAGGAGAGUCUUGGGUUUUUCACCAAUCAUCAUAGGAAGACAUGUUGCAAAUAUUUGUAUGUUAUACAUGGAAGACUCAGCAAGGGAGCAAUAAGAAUAAAUUAAUUCUACAGUCCAAAGUUGUCUACUCCUGCCAAUGGAAAAGCUGCAUUGCAAAAAGAUAUGCUGUGCUCUCAUCCCAAAGAUAUAACUAAGUGGCUUUACUGCUGCAAAGUGCUUUCAGAAGCUAUAUAUGCUUUUUUACUUUGGAGAGUAGAUCAUUUAUUUUUAUAUGUGCUUAUUUUAAGCUAUUUAUCGCUUGUAUAAAAAUGAUUUUAAUACAAGUCUUUUGAUAUGUACUCUGUUGUUGCAAAAGUCUUAAAAGUCAUGUUAGAUAGGUCUGUAUUUGGUUCUGAAUAGAUAGGCAGAGUGGUUCCCAAGACGGGCAGAACACUGUCAAGACUUUGGUUAAAGAUUUGUACUGUUUUGAUGAGGAGGUUCUGGAAGUUUAUCCAAGUAACUUUGAGCUCCACGUGCAUCUCCUUCUAAGUAUCUCUGCUUGGUGGAAAACAAAUAGACUCCACUUUAUAUUAGUGAUGGAUGGAAGGAGUUGCAGAAGAUUCAGUCUUGGUGCUGAAGUUGCUCUGCUUUUAACAGAAUCUGCCAUGACCAUUGGCAUAGAGGUGGAUCUUCUGUACAAAUAGCAAAUGCUCUUGAUUUUAUACAAGAGACCUUUUUAAAUUACUAAUUUUAAAAUGAUACUUUAAACAAACACAAAGCCUUAUUAAGACAUUUUACCUUUAAUGUCAGAUCUGUUUGUUCUUUCUCUUCUUUGUACAGUACAAGAGAUUACAGUGACAUAUAGUAACCCAGAAGGGCAAAAAAAAAUUAAAAAAAAUCUGUCUUGCUUUUCUUCAGCAACCCAACUAUGCAAGAUUCUUUUCAUUACAGGAUUCCUAAGGAAACAUUUCAGAGGACAUUUAGCAAAGUGCAAAGGCUUUAAUGCAUGAGUUAAUUUGGGAAAAAGCAGUGCAAUUUAAAGGCAUUUGGAUUCUUUAAUAUCUUACCAUAUCUAUGGUAAUAUUUCAUCACAUGUCAGAGACCCUUCUUCCUUUUAAUUUAAGUAGAUGAGUUUGUGCCUUUGGCAUGCAUGUCUACUAUAUAGGCCAUAUACUUGUUUACAGAAGAAUUUGUUCUUAGCAAACCAGUGAGUAGGCCAGUGACAGAAGUCUCCUGAAGCACAACUACUUACGGUUUGAAACUCAGGGUAUAUAUGCAUGUCUCUGUAUGUUAGCUGUCUGCUUGUACACCCAAAUGGCUGGCUGAAAGGUUCUUUUUCCUUGGGUAGGUUACUAAGGAUUUUGUUGUUAAUCACACAUUUAAGAUGCUCAGGAUUGUGCUUUGGGCAUAAUCUUUUCAUACUUUUUGUAAGCACUGAUUUAGAAUGUUACGCACUUAUAGGUACAAAACAUUUACCUAGGUUCAUUUUAUGGCAGAUAAACUAAAGUUGGCUGCACUGAACCAACUAUAAAGAAACUUGUAAGAGAUGUUUCUUUGCUCUGGCAAUGUCAGUGAUGGUUGAUUUAAUUUGAGAUAUCUGCACUGCUAUGUAAUUUGAGCAGGCAUUUGACUUUUGGUAUACUGAUAGCUUCUUUUUCAAGAACCUUGCUGACAGAGAAAACUUGAAAGUGUCACCUAAAGGGACUGACCAAAAAGACCUCACUCAGCAAUAAUUUCAUCAGCCUGUCUUUUGUAGAAUUACCACUAGAUGGAGGGAGAGCACCACAAGCUCUGUGCAUAUUCCUUGCAUUAAGCUGCACUAU